AUGGCCACCCGACUAAACUUCACCCACUGCGUGGGCAACCCCUCACUGAACCCAGGAGAGCUCAUCAAGGACACCGAGCGCCAAAUAGCAGCAGCAGACCUCCUGGCCAGCAACGAUGACCUGUACGGCGCGAGCAGGGUGCUCCUUGGCCUCCCCGACCCAGACACAUACACGUACCAUGCCAUGACGAGCGUCAAGCUAGCCGAGGUCCAGCAGGUUAUCAACCUUGGAAACGCCAAGGGCCUCCACGCGUGGUACCGGCAUGAGGACCGGUCACCGAUGGAUCCGCCACCGCGGGCCGAUGUGGAAGCGUACGUCUCCAUCUUCAGCCCCCAGACCCUGACGACGUCUGCCCUCAGGAACUUCGGGACGAAUGCGAAAAAGGGCUCGAUCCGCGCCGACGUGGCGGCUCGGCUUGGAUCGAAGCGCUUCCUCCACCCCGGCGCAGUGACCAGGCUGAGCAUCCCCAAGGCCAAGAAGCCCCGCAGCGCGAACCCGUACCUCGACUUCUGGGCCUGGUCGUGCCGGUCGCUCGAGUGGUGCGGACCCUGCGCGGCCGCCGAGCGGGGUCCCAUGGGCCACCACGUGCUGCCCAUCCUGAUGCACCACUUUGGAUGCGCGACGCCGUCGCACGAGGCGCUGGAGAUGUUGAGGAUCCUGGCCGACGGGAGGGCCGUCGCUGACAUAGGCUCCGGGAAUGGCUACUGGACCUUCAUGCUGCGCCAGUACGGCCUGCAGGUGCACCCGGUAGACAACAUGCAGAGCGAGUGGAGGGUCAACUGGGUGAGCGACACGGUCGUCUCUGACGGCGUCCGGUGGCUGCGCAAGAACGCAGACGGCAAGGACAUGGUCCUCCUGCUCGUCUACCCCGUAGUCGGGGGUGGCAUCGCCGGCGGUGAGGAGGGUAGCUUCACGCGCAACCUCGUCAAGGCCUACAAGGGCGACACGCUGGCCGUGGUGGGCACCCAGAACCGCAACGGCUACACGAGCUUCAGGAGCAUGACCAUGGACGAGUACAUGGAGCGCGAGCAUCCGGACUGGAUAAAGGUGGUGCAGAUUCCCCUGCCUAGCUUUGGUGCUAAAGACGAGGCCCUCUACGUCUUUCAGAGGGGCGGCCGAGCACCCAAAGAACAGGCAUGA